AUGGUCUCCUUGAUGCUUCAUUUCAGCUGGACAUGGGUGGGACUGUUCAUCACUGAAGAUGACUAUGGUGUGUGGUUCCUCUCCGAAUUGAGAGAAGAGUUGUACAAAAAUGGAGUCUGUUUGUCCUUUGAGACCAUGAUCACUUACACUGAACUUGCAGAUUUAUCAAAUGAUUUAUGGAUGCAUCGCCAGCUAAUGGAAUCCUCAACCAAUGUGAUUAUCAUUUAUGGGGACAGUAAAUUUCUACUAAGCGUUAUUCUUAAAUUUGGGCACUUUUUAAUUACAGGGAAAGUCUGGGUCAUGAACUCACCCUAUGAUGAUGUGAACAUUGGUAGAUAUUUUCUGCUUGAUUCUUUCCAUGCUCCUCUCAUCUUCUCUCACCAUCAUAGAAACACUUAUGGGUUCACCAAUUAUAUUCUGACAGAUACCUUGUCCAAGAACUCAGGAGAUAAUUCCCUUCCCAAGUCAUGGAUUCAGUCUGUUUAUUGCCUACUGAUUAAGUCUGACUGCAGAGACUUGGGGCACUGUUCCUACAAUGCCACACUGGAUUGGUUGCUGAGGCACAUUUUUGACAUGACCAUGUCAGAAGAAAGUUACAACAUCUACAAUGCUGUAUAUGCUUUGGCCCACGCCCUCCACCAGUUGUGUCUUCAUCACAUGGAAGAACCACCAGUGCACAAUGGGAAUCCAAGGGCAUUUCUCUCUACACAGCUGCAUCACUUUUUGAAGAAGAUCCAAUUUAUCAAUCCUGUUGGAGACCAAGUGGUUUUGAAUGAGGAAAGGAAAUUGGAGGCAGAGUAUGACAUUAUGAGCUUUUGGAAUUUUCCUAAAGGUCUGGGACAAAUGGUGAAAGUUGGCAAGUUUUCUCCAUUUAGACCAUACAGUCAACAACUGAUUUUGUAUGAAAAUCUGAUAGAGUGGCCCAUAGGAAUUACCAAGACUCCUCAGUCUGUGUGCAGUGAGAGCUGUGGUCCUGGAUUCAGGAAGGCCUCUCUGGAGGGAAAUGCUACCUGUUGCUUUGAUUGUACUCCUUGCCCAGAGAACGAGAUUUCUAAUGUGACAGACAUGGAGCAGUGUGUGCGGUGUGCAGAUAAUCAGUUUGCCAGCACCCAGAGAAACCAAUGUCUGAUGAAAUCUGAAAGCUUCCUAGCUUAUGAAGACCCCUUGGGCAUGGCUCUAGCCUGCAUGGCUCUUUGCUGUUCUGCACUCACAGCUGCUGUUCUUUGGGUGUUUAUCAAGCACCAAGACACCCCCAUUGUCAAGGCCAAUAACAGGAUCCUCAGCUACACCCUGCUCAUCUCCCUCAUCUGCUGCUUCCUCUGCUCCUUGCUUUUCCUUGGCCGUCCACAUACAGUCACCUGCAUCCUCCAGCACACCACAUUCGGAGUGGUCUUCACCAUGGCUGUUUCCACUGCCCUGGCCAAGACCAUCACUGUGGUUGUGGCCUUCACACUCACUACUCCAGGGAGAAGGACAAGGAAGAGGCUGGUGUCAUGGGUUCCUAACCUUAUCAUCCCCAUCUGCACCCUUAUCCAGGUGACUCUCUGUGGCUUGUGGCUGGUAACAACUCCUCCCUUUGUGGACACAGAUGUGCACUCUGAACAUGGCCAUGUCAUCAUCCUGUGCAACAUGGGGUCCCUCACUGCCUUCCACUGUGUCCUGGGAUACCUGGGCACCCUGGCCCUGGCCAGUUUCAUGGUGGCUUUUAUGGCCAGGAACCUGCCUGACACCUUCAAUGAGGCCAAGUUCCUAACCUUCAGCAUGCUGGUGUUCUGCAGUGUGUGGCUCACCUUCCUGCCUGUUUACCACAGCACCAAGGGGAAGAUCAUGGUGGCUGUGGAAGUCUUUUCCAUCUUGGCUUCCAGUGCAGGGCUUCUUGGCUGCAUAUUUGCCCCCAAAUGCUACAUCAUCUUGAUAAGACCUGAGAGAAAUUCUCUGUCCAGGAUCAGGAAGAGAUCACAUUCUGGAAGAAACAAACAUUAA